AUGGCGAUGGAACGCACCAGAAUUGCAAAGGUUGACAAUGUAACCCUUUCAAGACGAGGCGAGCAUGUCAAUGGAACUCUACACCUCACACCUCACCACCUCAUCUUCGUCCACACUCCUCCUGCACCUGCACCUCCAGCAUCGGAGGACACGCUUGCCCGAGCCGUUAGACCGAGAGAACUCUGGAUUACAUACCCUAUCAUCCAGCAGUGCAACUUUCGGCCCGCGCCACUCGCCUCCCGACAGCCCAGCUCUAUCCGCCUCCGAUGCCGCGAUUUCACGUUUGUAUGCUUCCUCUUUCAGGACGCGGCCAAAGAAAAGGCGCGGGAUGUAUAUGAUAGCAUUAGGGCUUGGACAUGCAAACUGAGCGGAAUCGAAAAGCUCUACGCCUUCAGCUAUGCCCCCACCGGUGCCGAGCGAGAUAUGAGGCCGAGCGGAUGGGCAUUGUAUGACCCUAUGCGGGAGUGGAGGCGGAUGGGAGUGGAAAACCCGGCGAAAGAACGCAAGUGGAGGAUAUCAAAGCUCAACACUGAUUACUCGUUCAGCCCUACAUAUCCUGCCCUGUUGCCUGUCCCAGCCUCGAUAUCCGACGUGACACUGAAUUACGCAAAGUCUUAUCGCUCACGUGCGAGAAUACCGGUCCUAACAUACCUGCAUCCGGUUAACGAUUGCUCCAUCACAAGAUGUUCACAGCCACUGGUUGGUGUCCGAGGGAAUAGAAGCAUCCAGGAUGAAAAGUUGCUGGCGGCCAUAUUCAACACGACGCGAGCAGAACGGCCGUUGAGUGAGUACAACUCACCACCACCAGAGCGCGAGGAUUCAGGAGGAUCGAACAUGUCGAACAUGACUCUUUCGAACCCGAGUUCGAAUAUCGACGAUGUGCAACAGCCUGAUCCUGAAGCGUUGGAAGACGCAGUGAUUUCCAAGUUGCGCGGGGAUGGUGAUACGGCUUCAGACGCAGAUGAGAAAAAGCCCUUGGUGUACGGUGCACAGCAGAGAAAUCUGAUAGUUGACGCCCGGCCGAGUAUCAAUGCCAUGGUAAAUCAUGCUACAGGCAUGGGAUCGGAAGAUAUGAACAACUACAAAUUUGCCACAAAAGUGUACUUGGGCAUCGACAAUAUCCACGUUAUGCGAGACAGUUUGAACAAGGUUGUGGAUGCUCUCAAGGAUUCGGAUCUGACUCCCCUCGGCCCAAACCGCGACUUACUGCAGAAGAGCGACUGGCUGAAGCAUAUUUCCAGUGUUCUGGAUGGAGUGGGCCUGAUCGCUCGCCAGGUUGGACUUCAGCAUAGUCAUGUGCUCAUUCAUUGCAGUGAUGGUUGGGAUCGCACAAGCCAGCUCUCAUCUCUGAGCCAAUUGUGUCUAGACCCUUACUAUCGCACCCUGGAAGGCUUUAUUGUGCUGGUCGAGAAAGACUGGCUGAGUUUCGGACACAUGUUCAAGCACCGAUCGGGCUUUCUGAGUUCGGACAAGUGGUUCCACAUUGAGAACGAGAGGAUAGGCCGUGGCAACGAGGACCCCGAUGGGAAAGAACAGUCCGGUGCCAUGUCAGGGGCGCAGAAGGCUUUCGAGAAUGCUUUUCUCAGCGCAAGGGGUUUCUUUUCAAAUACGAGGAAUAACGACUCGCGCGAGAGUCUCAACAUUGAUUCGGACAUGGACGCAGGUGGUAACGAUAGCGAGAGUCAAGCUAACCGCCGAAUCGUUUCGCGCAGUGGUGGAAAGGACAAGGAAAAGCCCACCACCAAGGUCAAAGAGACGAGUCCGAUUUUCCACCAGUUUCUCGAUGCAACAUAUCAGUUGGUCCAUCAGUAUCCGACGCGCUUUGAAUUCACAGAACGAUUCUUGAGGAGAUUAUUAUACCAUCUAUAUUCGUGCCAGUACGGGACUUUUCUUGGUGACAGUGAGAAGGAGAGAAAGGAUGCACGACUCGCCGAGCGUACACGAAGUGUAUGGGACUACUUUCUGGCGAGGAAAAAGGAGUUUAUCAACCCGAAGUACGACCCCGUCGUGGAUGAUAAUGUACGGGGAAAGGAGAGGUUGAUUUUCCCAAAGCCUGGAGAAGCGAGAUGGUGGAAUGAACUCUUCGGACGAACGGACGAGGAGAUGAACAGCAAGCCCACGGUCAAGGUGGGCGAUGGCGAGACAAGUGAUAUAUGGACAUCAGUCGGUGGUUCCCAAAGUCAAAGUCAAUCUGGUUCGUCGUCGAUACCUGUAAGCCGGGCUAGAACUCCUGUCUUGAUCGGAGUGGAGACCGCUGAAGCCAGCGUGGGAUUGACUAGACAAAAAAGUCCAGAACCGAUGAACAGAGGGAUGAGAACGCCUAUUUCUGGAACAGCUUCGCCGUCGUCGCAGCAUUCGAGUCAAGGCACACAGGCACAGAUGACUAGGACGAGAAGUCCUAUGGUGACGACGGAGGCGGCCGAACCUAUACGAGAUGAGCGUGUUGAUGUCUUGCAGAGAGAGAGAAAUUCAGAAACUAUAAAAGACACGAGUGGCGCGAAUCGCAAUGAGCAGACAAAUCCUUACGUUGAUCCCCGGGAAGGCAACUUUAUGGACGAAACGAAUGAUGUCGAGGAGUUUCAUGAUGAUCAUGAUCAUAACAAAGGCCAUGUUGGUCGUGUCCAUGCAGAGGAAGAAGGAGAGAAUGGUGACGAUGGCUUUGGCGUCGUGCAGAAUUUGGCCGAGGACUUGGAUCCCUUGGGUAUUGGUGAUGUCAAGGACAUGACGCAACAAUCUAAACGUGCGCAAGCUGCCAUUGAGAGGAGAAGAGAACAAUUGGAAUUACUGAUGAAGUGA